AUGAAGAAUAGUUUUGGAGGAUAUAACAAAAACACAAAAAAAAAUCAAAUGCAAAACCUGCAUGAAGAAAGCCAACGUUAUUACUACUGGAAUGUUGAAACCGAGGAGACUUCAUGGGAAGUGCCCCAGGUUUUGAUUCAAGCUGAUCCUUUACCUCCUGCUUUUGUCAACAUCAAAACAAAUAGUGCCACAGUUGGUGUGGAUGAUUCCAACAUGCUUUCAGCUCCGAUGCUGAGUACCCCUACUAUUGUUUGUUUUGGUAAAAAGCAACGGUUUAUUGGUAUUGUCGGUGCUGCUUCAACUAUGAUGAAUCCUAAGAAUUCAAUCUCACAGAUUAAGAGGCUUAUUAUAAAGCAGUUUUCGGAUCCUGAUUUGCAGCGUGAUCUUAAGUCUUUGCCUUAUACUGUCACUGAAGGACCAGACGGAUAUCCUUUGAUUCAGGCUAGGUACUUGGGGGAAGUGAAGGCGUUUACGCCUACGCAAGUGUUUGCUAUGAUGCUGUCGAAUAUGAAGGAGAUAGCUGAGAAGAAUCUUAAUGCGGCGGUUAAUGAUUGUUGCAUUGGGACUCCGGUUUAUUUCACUGAUGUUCAGAGAAGAGCUGUUUUGGAUGCUGCAACUAUUGCUGGUUUGAACCCGCUUCGGUUGCUUCAUGAAACUACUGCUACUGCAUUGGCGUGUGGGAUUUAUAAAACAGAUCUGCCUGAAAAUGAUCAACUGAAUGUGGCUUUUGUGGACAUUGGACAUGCUAGUAUUCCAGGUGAUGUUAUAGAAAGUACAGGUUAUGGCAUUGAUUGGACACUUGAUGGAAUUCACAGGAAACUAUAUUUAAGGACCGGAUUCAUGAACUCCACUGUGUUUACCAGGACAGAAGCCUAA